AAAACACCAUUUAGCAUGAUGGUUCCAGGGGGAAUCUCCACCUUAACAGGGGACUACCUGAUGCAGCCAAGCCGCACUUGCCUUGGUUGUUUUAUUGAGGCCAAGGAUGCCACAGACCCUGAGCCAGGGAUCAGUUUGAAAAUUGGAGACUUGGGUCGGGAGUAUGACUCUUGCUCCAUCCCUGAUAUGAGCAUGCAGGACAUGAGCUCAGGCAACAGCAGCCGCUACAGUGAGCAGCUCCUUUCUGACCAGCUCCUCAGCUACCCUGUGCAUAAAGUCAGGGCAGCAGAGAGGAGGGAUGCAGAAAAGUUGGACAGUGACUCUGAGGAACUCACGUCUAAGAGCAUUUAUGAAGGCCUGCUUCUGGACAAAUGCAAUGGUGAGGAAGCCCUUCUAACUAACCCCAGUCAAGAAUGGGGCUGCUUCGAGUCCUUCAUCGGCGAGAGUAAGAUGGAGCUGCUGGACCUCUGCUCUAAGAAUGAGCUCUCUGUUAACCUCUUUUCAGAGGAGGAUGUAGAUAACUACAUGUUUGAUGAUGAGGACUCAACAUUAAGUAGUGAUGUGUGUUCCCUUAAGAUCCGUUAUGAGUCCUUCCAGGACAAUGUCCGAGAGAAGACAAAUGCCCUACAGGAAGAGGCCCAGUUUAAUUUUUUCCCAACUGUCCUCGUCAACUGUGCCAAGAAGGAGGGCGGAGCUGUCAGGAAGGGUGCCGACAGGCUGCAGCUGAAAGGAGAUGGCAUCUGGGCCGAGGAGAAGGUUGAUGGUGGCAGCCUUUCUGCUGAUGUCACACCAGACAUCAGCUGUGAAAGUAACUCCACCGAAGACUCUGGAGAGUACAGUGAUGACAGCUCUUGCACUGGGUCCUCCUGUGAUACUCCACAGGGGGCUAAAGGCAGCCACCAUAUUCUCUCCAGAGAGAAUUCAAGCUCGUCUAGUCAGCUGAACUACGGGCUCCGUGCAAAAAGAAAAGUACCAUAUAGUGAGGACUACCUCUAUGACGUUGACUCUAUUGAGAGUGAGCGAAACACUGAAAAACGUGAAAAGCAGCCAGCUGGCAUAAAAGAGGAGGAGGACGAUGACUGGAGUCCAAAGAAAAGACGAAAAUCUUGUCGCAAGGAGCCCCCAGUGAUGAUCAAAUACAUCAUUAUCAAUCGGUUUAAAGGGGAAAAGAAUAUGCUGGUGAAGAUUGGGAGAAUCCAUCCAAGUGAACUGCCUGUUAGCAUAAACAAGGACUCGCUACACAAGUAUGAGAAAUUAGCUCCUCUGAAAGACUACUGGCAGAAGAUACAGAAGGAAAGACAGCAGCAGUGUAGACGUGUGCUGGGUGAAAAACACAAAUUUCGUUUGAAUGGUUGCAGGCGUUCAUUUAUUUCUAGUCGCCCCAAAUGGAAAUACAAGAUUGCAAAUAGACUCAGGAUUCAAUCAAUUGAAACUGUGGAGCACACAAACAGGCAGAGCUCCUCAUCUGGUCACAAGCAGGAAAGUGGCUAUGAAGAUGAGGCACUUCUCACAGACAUGCCAGUUACACUAGCAGCCUCUAACUGUGCCAGCAGAUUAGACAAAAUAGAUGUCAUGCACACUGGCACAGCAAAGAGCAGAUCACAGGAACGAGAAGAUAAGAGAAUUGGAAAUAAAAUCCUGAGAAUAAGGAAAUUCAAAAGUGAAGCCAGACUGAGGAGUACAAAACUGAAAGCCAUGCAAGCAGAUUGCAAAAGUAUAACGAGCCUAGCAGGGAUUUGCCCUGUGUUAGAAAACCCAAACUCCGCCAGGGACUUAAAUGAUACUACAGUUGCCUCAGCUGCAAGCAACCCCCAUUUGUGUGGAAAGUAUGUUGCUGAUCCCAAUGAAAAGUGCACUUUUAUACCAGCCACCUGCUCUCCUGAGAAAAAAACUCCAUCUCUGAAUGUGGCAGCACGUGUUCCUGUUGUCCCUGGAGGUUAUCUGCAGACACUGCUCGAUGCGUCUGAAUCAUCCAGCAGCACAGGAAUCUCUUAUUUCCCUCAGCAGCUGCCUAAGCAUUACCAGCUUAGUGUUUCCCAAGAUGAGAAGCAGUUUGCAUCUCUUCAGCUUGCCCAGAGCUGUGUGCUCUCCCCUCCUUCUGAAUCUGAGCUACAGCAUUCACCCCAAAACUGCACCAACCAGAUGGAGCAAAAUUUUAGUGAUAUGUGGAGCUCACCGUCUGCCUCUAACCAGCCGUCAUUGGCACUCAACAUACCAGGAUCCCCUGCUUUACCUAGCAGCUUUGUUAGCCCCAUGCCUGUGUUAAUGGCUGGCAAAUUAUCUAUCUCAGGGUACAGUCAGGGGGACCCAAAUGACAACAGACUUGUACCUGAUAAUUAUCUCUCCGAGCAGCACAUGCAGCCUGAUGCAGACUAUCAAGUGUGCCAGGCACCAUGUGGAGAUGGCCGGCUGCAGUUUCAGAGAGGCACCAUAAUCACAGACAAUGGCAGCCUCAUCAGCUUGGUUCCAAUGGGCUCACUGUCAGCCACUUCCGGCAGUUACAGCUCACUCACACUGGAGUCAUGUGGGAAGGACAGUGAAGAGGACAUGAGCGACAACUUUUUGGCCCACUGCAGUCCAAAACUAGUGAUACAGCAAAGCAUUGAUGAAAUCACACCGUUGAGGGAGUCCACAGACCUACUGGACAUUUCCAACUUUACUCCAGAUAAGUUCCGGCACUCAUCUUUGUCUGAGAUGUCGCCCCCGGACACACCAAAUUUAUCUCCUCAGGUGACUGGGUCAGAGAUCAAGGAAAGUGGGAUAUCUAAGGAUUCCACAGAUACAGGUGAAUUGGCUCUAGGCAGCACAGCAGAGAGGAAGUGGGAAUGUAGUGUCAUGCCCCAGCAGGUGCAACAUGGUAAGGUUUUCACUGGGAGUGGCCACCAGUUCCAGCUCCAUACUUUCAAUGAUGACGACAGCAUAGAGCUGGUUAAGAAGGACACCAGUUUAGAUAGCUUUGACGAGUUGUCUGGAAAAGUCAGUGGCACAAAAGGCCCAAAAUCAAAGAAGAAAAUUGGCAAGCAGAACUCUGUACUGGAACAGAAAGGUGCAAAGAAACCCAAGGCUCCGAGAGCAGCUAAGGGCGAAAAGAACAAAAGCCCUCGACAGAAUUCUUGUCCAACGAAAAAGGCUGCAAAAGGUCAGACAGGAGGCACAAAGAUAUCCCAAAAGGUUCGGAAGUGCAUGUUUUCCCCUGCUGAUCCGAUGACAGGGGUAAUUCACCCCAGGCUUUCUGGGGAUUGGCCCUUGCUGAAGGAAUCUGGAAUGGGCCAGUCUGAAGGCACUAGCCAUCUGGAUGAUGAUCAGCGGGAGUUUGAAGAGCCUUCUAACAUCCUUUCCAACAUUGCUUCUGGGAUGGCGGAGGUUCAGAGGUUCAUGAUGGCCUCCAUUGAGCCACUAUGGAGUCCUGGGUCAGGAGUCUGCAUGCCUCAAGAGGCUAACAGUCUCAAAUUAAAGACUCUCAAAAUCCUGGCAGGGACACCAGCAGUCUCAAAGAAGAAAGGUGCAUGUGCUGGUAACACUGGGGCUGGAAGAGGAAGGAAGUCAAGCAACAGAGGUGGUAAAAAUCAGUCUAAGUUGAACUCCUCCCACCCCUUCUUUCCCCCUCUUGCACUGGACUACAACAUGUUUGACAAGCCCAACUUAGGUAUUCCGGGCUCUAAUGCAACCCCCCACAAAAAGAUGUAUCGUCACAAAACUAGUGCAAAAUUCUCACGGGAUGAAAGCACAAAGGAAAAGCGAGCAGACCCAAACAAAGACUUAGCACUGAUGGCCUCUUUUGAGAAACUGAGAACAUGGACGCCCUCUGUACUGCAGUCAGCCUUUUACAGCCUUGACGUGUGUCAUGAAGGGAAAAACCACCAGUGUCCCCCACCUUUCUUCAUUGGCCAUAAGUCACGGCAAGAGUGGAGCACUUGCCAUGCUGAUAGCCAGAUGUAUUUCCGAAUGCAUGAAGGGAUCUUUAUGCAUUUCAUUCACACCCUACACACACACACAUAUGGUGAUUUUUUUUGGGCCUUAAUUUAUUUUCGUCUUGGAAUGCCAAUAUUUGUUAUUUGUGUCUUAAAAUAAAUGGGUUUUUUUUUUUGGCGGGGCCUGAAUGGAACAAACAGGUGCCCUGAAGAUUCAUUUCUAUACCCAGAAUACAUUGAAUAUUAAUUUAAUUCUGUUCUAUUUCUAUUCAGUCAGAAUCUUUUUUUUAAUGCUGAUGUAUAGAAACAUAUGCACUAUUUGAAAAAAAUGAUUAUGAUAAUAUUGAAAUUCAUGUGCCAAACUUUGAGCAACUGUACAGACAUUUUAAAUUCUUUGUGAAUAUUGGCUGUUUUGUUUUGGGACUCUAAGCAAGUUGACAUUCCAGAGAAGUUCAAUUUUGGAACCCCCUACACUGACGAACACCUGCAGCUGACAGUGGUACACAACCACACAAUGGAAAGACUUUGAUUAUUUUUCAUUCUCAUUGUUACUAUUUUAUUUUGGUUGCCAAGUUAAAUUACCUCAAUGUCAUCUGGCAUAGAAAAGCAGACAGAGGAGAAAAGGGAGCCUUAUUUGAAAGCUGAAAGAAAAUGGGGGUUCCAAUCUGUGGCUUACUAAAGAGAAUCAGCAAGAUGCCUGAAGGUCUGCCACGGAGACAAGCUUCAGAUGGGACACUGCAUAGGGCCUAUAUGGAGAUGGGACACUACACAGGGCCUGUAUGGAGACAGGCUUCUCAUUGCUACUGUGAAUUGAAUGUACUCCAAUGUUAUUCAUUUUGUCUGUGCAAUGUGCCACUGUUGAGCUGAUGCUUAUUAAUGGUGCUAGCAAAGCACACAAACAUACUUACCCACAUACACAUGCAUAUAUACUUUUUAAAAAAACAGACUUCAAAAAGGAAAUAAGAAAGAAACCCAAAUCUCUCUGCCCUCUUUUUGAAUGUAUAAUAUACUCUUAUGAUGUAUAAUAUACUAUUGUCAUAUUUGAUGUACUUACAACAUGGUUUGACAUCCAUUGGAAUUCCUUUUUGUUUAAAAGAAUAUUGAGCUUUAUAAAUAUUGUCUAGAGUUGUAAGCAGAGGGAUUGUAAUGGACUCUUGACAUGAAGAGUUGAUGAAAUCUUGUAUAUUUUUCAGUGUGCCAAUUUGUAACAUAUUUUGUAAGUGUAUAUUUUUCUUAGAAAGUGCUGUGAAGUAUUUGAGUGUAUGUCUGGGUACCCCUUUUUGUGCCUUUGUAGGCAGUAAAAAGGACAUAUAAUUACAAGAUUCUGGUUUUAAAAACCAAAAAUACAAAUGGCAAAAAAUUAGGGGAAAACAAAUAUGAAAAACUUUUUCACAAACCAAUUCUGUUGUAAGAGUGUAGUGCUAUUGUGUAAAAACAACCAAGCAAACUAAAAACAUGAGAAUAAUAACACACAUUUGUGUACUCUUUGCUGUUUUAUAGAUUUUCAUGUAAAUUAUUCUGGUAUUAUUUUGUUUUUGUUGUAACUGUUGCAAAGGUUUUAAAUAUUUGUGAUCAAGCCUGUAUGGUGAUAAUGUAAUAUUGGUAACUUGCUGAGUUUUGUAAUAAUGUUUAUGGAAUAAAUAUAAAAAUAAAAAUGAGCUUUUCAUUGCUGCUUUCA